AUGGUACUUGCAAACGACGGCUCAUUCGGAUUCAGCACCCGACAAUUGCACGCGGGUUACGAGGUCGAUCCGGUAAUCAAGUCUCGAGCGGUACCAAUAUACCAGACGGUAUGUUUCGACUUUGAAAAUUCAGCCCACGCCGCCCGACUUUUCGCGCUCGAGAAUGAGGGCUAUAUUGGAACCCGCACAGGCAAUCCCACGAUUGACGUGCUUGAAAAGAGGGUGGCUGCAUUGGAAGGAGGCGUUGCAUCUAUUGCGGUGGCCUCUGGGCAAGCCGCUGUUUUCAAUACUGUUCUAGCCCUUACUCGCGCUGGAGAGAACAUUGUAGCGACCGCCAAUCUGUACCAUGGAGCCUACAAUCAAUUUAGCUUCCUUUUCCCGGAGUUCGGGGUCACAGCAAAGAUUAGCAAGGAAGAUCCACAGAGCAUCUGUGCAGCGAUUGACGGAAAUACGAAAGCUGUUUACAUCGAAACCCUAGGACAUCCCGAUCUCGAUAUCCCCGAUAUUGAAGCUAUCUCCCGGAUCUGUCGCAAACGACACGUACCACUCAUUGUGGAGAAUACAUUUGGUGCAGGGGGCUACUUCUGUCAACCUAUCAAGCAUGGUGCUGACAUUGUUCUACACAGCGGUAGCAAGUGGAUUGGGGGACAUGGCACAUCUGUGGGCGGUCUCAUUGUUGAUGCGGGCACGUUCGACUGGAGCGAUCGGAAAUUCCCACAAUUCAACCAGCCUUGUGCGGGUUAUCACGGGUUGAACUUCUUGCAAGUGUAUGGUAACAAAGCUUUUACCAUGCGCAUAAAAGGUCAAUUCCUGCGCGAUGUUGGCGCGUGUUUGUCUCCUUUCAACGCGCAACAGCUAUUGGUCGGUUUGGAAACGCUCAGCUUACGCUGCGAACGGCACGCACGGAAUACACUUGAGCUUGCUCAAUGGCUUGAAAAUCAUGACAAGAUCGCUUGGGUGAGGUACCCGGGCCUUGAGUCGCACCAGGCUUACGCUCGUGCUCAACAGUACUUGCCUCGUGGAGCAGGUGCUUUGCUUAUGUUUGGAAUAAAAGGGAGCGCUGAGAUUGCAGAGAAAAUUGCGGAUGGCUUCAAGCUGAUUGCCAACAUGGCAAGGUAA